AUGGCGGGCUUGAAGUCGCUGCAGGCGCACAUGGUUGAACCAGGCGCCCAGAGCGUCAAACCUCUCAAGUUCGAGCACUUCGRGAUCCGACAAGCCAAGGGAAAAGGAUUGGGUGCGUUUGCGACACAGCCCAUCAAGGCUGGUACCAUCAUCCUCCGCGAAGAGCCACUCUUUACGAUUAGCAAGCCCUGGGAUCGUAUCACCGAACAAGAUGUCUGCGAUGAAUACAGCAGGCUUUCACCAGCAUGUCAAACCAUAUUCGACAAUCUGCGCGACUCGAAGGCCGAGCUUGGCCAGAAUCCACAGAAGAAGAAGAUUUACAAGUUCUUUGCCAAUAAGUUUGCCGUUGGAAGGCAGCCUAGCUACGGAUGCUUCGCCGUCAGCUCCCGUUUCAACCAUUCCUGCCUCCCGAACUCAGCCAUCACAUCCGCGGAAGGCAAGCCUACCUUCAAGGUCUUCACAAAUGUCGAGCAGGGCGAGGAGCUUACCUUUUGCUACGUCGACUCAUUGCAAUACAUGCACACUGCUCAGCGUCAGUCUGAAUUGAAACGCAUCAAUCUCAUUGACUGCAAGUGCAAGCUUUGCUGCUCUCAGCCCGUCGUCCGCGUCGUGAGCGACAUGCGACGCGGAUUGAUACGAGGCUUGCUGUUCAUGGUCCGUGGCCAAGACCUCGCUUUCAGUAGCCCAGGAAUCAACACUCUCACAAAAGACGUGUAUGUUGAGGAUGCGACUCUCCACUGGCUACUGAUAGCAAUGCUCGCUGAAUCAGAAGGACUGGCCGCCGGCGAUGUUCCUUACAGCGCAUACGCGAGUGCCGCUAAGAUGCUCGUAUGCCAGAGCAUAUAUCAAGGCCACAAGUGUCUUCCGAAGACGGUGACCAGCAACGCUCGAUCCUGGAUGGACAAGUCUGAGAGCCUUCUGCGACGCUUUUCAAUUGCAUCUCUGGARUCCAAUAUAGAAUGGAUGGCCUUGCGUCGCUUCGUGGACGCCGUCGGCAAAGAUGGCACAUUGCCGCCAAUGGGAACUGCUUUACGCAGCAUCACAACGCUGCCGUCAGGCAUGAAAAGCAGACAGCAGGGUUGA